AGAUCAGUCCAGAAAGCCACUAGAUGAGGACCUGGAUUGGCAGCUAGCACAUGGCACACUUAGUUCUGACAAGUGUCUGAGCAGGCAAGGGGCAGACUGGCAACAGGAUAUAGUGGGUCAUAAGGGGACAAGAAAAGAAGGGAGGGAGGAAAUGGAAAACUAAGUAGAUAGGGUCCAGGUGAGACAUAAUGAAAGCUGGAAUUUGGCAGUAAGAAUGGAAAAGAAGAGACUGAUUCUAGAGAGAUUGUGAAAGUAGAUCUCGUCUUGUGGAACAGCCACUUGAUUGGCUGGGGUUGGACAUUUCAGUACCUGGGUGAUGAGGUCGGUCCCUUUAGCAGACACAGAGAGGUCAGGAGGAGGAAGAGUUUGCAGGAGAAGAUGAUGUGGCCUUACUUUGGAGGAGCUGCACAGAGGAUGCUGAUGGCAUGUCUGGAACCCUGGGUCAUGCUGCGGCAGCUUGGCGCCUGACGAGAGCGAGGGGGAACCUGCCAGGGGAUUACUGCUAGCGAGAGCUAACAGCAGGACAGCAGGCCUCAGGGGAGUGGGGAUGGGCAGAGCAGCCUGUGAGGCUGGGCCAGCAGCACCAAGGAGGCCUGGGCCCUGGCAGGGAGCUCGGCACACGCUCAGCUGACCCAGACGGCAUUCACAGUAGAUCCCCACUGAGCAGCAGCUGUCCCCAGGCCCUGGAGGACCUCUCAGCAGGAGCAGGAGCUCUGUGAGCCCCUCUUCGACCACAGUUGGGGCUGUGACCAUUGGGAGAAGGGAGCAGCGCCUUGAAUGGGAAGCGGAAGGGCAGAACCUAAUGCAAGGAGGAUCUUGGUCUCUGCAGGCGAGUUUUCUGACACCCACAGAGCUUCCUGGGUUUCUUCUCUCAAGACUGGGGCAUCGUUCCCUCCCCUGGUGAAGGGUUUGGCCCAGGAGGGCCAGCUGAGGUGGGGACAACUCUUGGAUGGAAUCCAGACCACUUGAAGCUCAUGUGCUCUCUGCUGUGAUUGAGGUUCAAAGGCUUCCCCACUGCAGGGGACGAGGGGCCGCCUCCGUGUCUGCUCAUGAACCACAAGGACUCCGAAUGCUCCAGACUGGACCGUUUCGAGCCACCAAAGAGGGGGGCCCCCGGAGCUGGCAGCCAGCAACCCCAAGGGACUAGAGGGCUGGGAUGGACUGACCUGCCCCUCACCAGGGCAGUGGGAGAAUCAGAGCCUCUGUGGCCCAGCUAGUGACAGAGAGACCUGAUGAAGCCAUAAGCAGGGGCCCGAGUGGCCCAGGGACAGGGGAGCCACUCCUGCCUACGUGCUUUCUCCUUGCGUAGAGGGAGGGUGUGGUGAGGGACCCCUGCCUCUGUCCCCUCCUCAGCACGUGCCCCUAUGCCCUUUGCACGUGGUGCCAGAAGAGGCAGGCUACGCUGUGGCUGGCCCAUCAGUGGGCUGGGAAAGGAGUGGCCACGGUGACACCCCACUGCCCACCAGGCUGGUGGUCUGGCCCCCCGGGGCGCCAAACCAUGAAGUGCUCCCUACGGGUGUGGUUCCUCUCUGUGGCCUUCCUGCUGGUGUUCAUCAUGUCACUGCUCUUCACCUACUCCCACCACAGCAUGGCCACCUUGCCCUACCUGGAUUCGGGGACCCUGGGUGGGACCCACCGGGUGAAGCUGGUGCCUGGCUAUGCUGGCCUGCAGCGCCUCAGCAAGGAGGGGCUCCCCGGCAAGAGCUGUGCCUGCCGCCGCUGCAUGGGUGACACUGGAGCCUCUGACUGGUUCGAUAGCCACUUCAACAGCAACAUUUCCCCUGUGUGGACCCGAGAGAAUAUGGAUCUGCCUCCAGAUGUCCAGAGGUGGUGGAUGAUGCUGCAGCCCCAGUUCAAGUCACACAAUACCAACGAGGUACUGGAGAAGCUGUUCCAGAUAGUGCCAGGCGAGAACCCCUACCGCUUCCGGGACCCCCACCAGUGCCGGCGCUGUGCCGUGGUGGGGAACUCAGGCAACCUGCGGGGCUCUGGCUACGGUCCGGAUGUGGAUGGGCACAACUUCAUCAUGAGGAUGAAUCAGGCGCCAACCGUGGGCUUUGAACAGGAUGUUGGCAGCCGAACCACUCAUCAUUUCAUGUACCCCGAGAGUGCCAAGAACCUGCCCGCCAAUGUCAGCUUUGUGUUGGUGCCCUUCAAAGCCCUGGACCUCCUCUGGAUUGCCAGCGCUUUGUCCACGGGGCAGAUCCGAUUCACCUAUGCACCAGUGAAGUCUUUCCUUCGAGUGGACAAAGAAAAGGUUCAGAUCUACAACCCAGCCUUCUUCAAGUAUAUCCACGACCGGUGGACAGAGCAUCACGGGCGGUACCCUUCUACAGGGAUGCUGGUGCUCUUCUUUGCCCUGCAUGUGUGUGAUGAGGUGAACGUGUACGGGUUCGGGGCCGACAGCCGGGGCAACUGGCACCACUACUGGGAGAAUAACCGGUACGCGGGCGAGUUCCGGAAGACGGGGGUGCACGACGCCGACUUCGAGGCCCAUAUCAUCGACAUGCUGGCCAAGGCCAGCAAGAUCGAGGUCUACCGAGGAAAUUGAACCCGCGACCCUUCCGGGCCAGGCGCGAACCUAGGGCGCUGGCUCCUAGCCGGGACUCCAGGCCAGCCGGAGGGCGGUGGCCUCGGCGUGGGCACGGCGCCCCAUUGGGCGUUUCCAGGUCCUAGGAGCGACGUCAGGGCGCGGUCUGGACUAAUCAUGCUGCAAGUCCAGCGAACGCUGGCUGUCCCUCGCCAAUCAUGAGACUGGGGACUAGCCGGCCAGGCACCAAUCAGCGCUGCAGUCGAAGCGGAGGAUUUUUUUUUUUUUUUUUUCUCCCAGCCAAUCAUGCGACUCAAGGAGAACUGCCGGCACUGGGCCCGUCUCUUCCAAUCAAUGGCCUUCGGAGGCGGGCCGGCGGCCGCUGAAUCCCCUCUCCCCUAUGCUUUGGGUAGAAUUUUAUCUCACGCUUUUUAAGGAACAGAGGUUGGUUCCGGCCUCAGUGAGGUACUUUCCUCAGUGUCUGUAGGAGCAUUGCUCGCCGCUCGUCGACCUCACUCGGUCAGGGGCGCCGAGAAGGAGACGGUGGGGAAGGUGCGGGGCAGCGGCGGCUCGGCUUCCCUUGCCGGGGCUGGUGGGGGGCGGGGAUGUCCCUCUUGACCUCCGGGUGGGCGGUGGGGCGUUAGCCGUUCCUAUAUGGUGGUCUAGGGGAGAUCAGAUGGUUUCCGGGGAGCGCGCCUUCAUCCCAGGGUAAAAGCUGGAGCCCUCUCAAACCUCUUCAGGCUCAAGAGAAUUUUGGACCCCACAUUUCCUUUUUCUGUCAGGCCCAGAUGGGUGAGUGUAAACCCACCAAAGAAAUGCAGUGGCUUGUGGGUCCCCUCCUCUUUCUCCCCAUCCCCACCUUUGGCCACCCUAUGGACUGGCCUUUCUGACCAGGGCAUUUAGCAUCUCACCAGAAAACUAGAACUGUAUUCACCCGUUGCUAACGGGCGGAAUUCUCCUAGGGCCUAACUCUGGAACACAGGUGUAAGGAACACGGCAGGGGACAAGGAAGCCCAGUCACUUCAGAUGUAAGGUGCUUCUCACUCUCGUGUACUCUCGGCCCCUACUGUUCACCCAAAACCUUUUCAGUGGCUCUUCUUAGGCCCUGGGCCUCCUCACCAGCCUACCUGUCCUGAAAAAAAAUCAAAACUUGCCCUGGGGGUUGGGGGCACUGUUGCAUCUUCACUCCCUUCCCCCCGCCCCCCUACCGCCCUCUCGCGCGAAUAAUCGAGCGCGCGCACACACUCGCGCGCGUUUGGCCUGCUCUAGGGAGAGGGAGCAACACGUGGGAAAGAAGGCUGGAGAUGGGGAACCCAGCUUGCCUGGUGCAUGCACCUUCUUCCUUCAUCCAUCACCCCAAAGAGGAGUAGGAAACCUUUGCUUGGGGGUGGAAUUUGCUUUGGUCUCGUAAUUUAAUUAACUUGAGGUUACCAGGGAUGGCUGACCAACAAAGAUUUUUUUAAAACUCUACGUUGGCCAUGCAAAUAGCUGGGAUUCUAGCUGGGGAGGAGUAGACUUGCCCGCUUGCAUGCCUCCUCUCCUGCCCUUGUGUCCCCUCUCCCCCAUGCUCACUUCCUGCCUCCUUACUCUAACCCACUUUCCAUUUCCAAAUCUAGAAGGGCAGGGAAACCAGCAAACGGGUUACAACUGGAAUUUACCUGCAUGACUGAACCCAGCUAAAGCUCUGACAGGAAGCUGUUGAUGGUAUUAUCACCUUACAAGGUUGGGGAAAUUCGGAGGGGGGAAAGGGCUUCUGUGAAGUUUCCAAACUACUAAUAGGAUCCCCCUUCCCAACAGUGAGGAACACAAAUACCACCCUUUAUCUUAGUGAGUUGAUACCACCAAGCAGCCUCCUGGCCAUUGGUGUAGUUCCUGCAGCUGGCUGGGGGAACAGGGACCAGCAGGGAGUAUUUUAGAAGAGGAUUGGGGCAGGGCAGUGGGCACCCCUAAAAGUUAAUAUAUUGAGAACGUAGUUAGAGUCUGUUCUUUUCCAAUUCCAAAAGUAGGAGGAGUAGAGCAUGAGGGUGGAUUUGGGGGGCCUUUAGUGGAAUGCCUCUCUCAGGGCCUACCCCAUCAUUUUAGAGAGUCAAGGCACCAGCCAUUCUUGCCAGUCUCAGCUCAGUGCUUCCUGAAGAGGCAGUUUGGAGUGUUUAGAAGAUGAAAAAAAAAUGCGAUUAUGCCAAACAGUAUUGAGCAGAAUAAUUUAUUUCUUUUCUGUUCCUUUUUCUUUUUGUUUUGUUUUGUUUAAAACGUUAAUAAAUCCCCUUUCUGGAAGAGGUAGGUCCCAGCAUCCAGCCCAGAUCUCCUUUUCUGCAAUAGUUAUUUAAACAAAUGUUUUUUUAUUUUCUUCCCUUUCUCUCUCUUUCUGAAUUAAAAAGAACAAAAGAACUAUA